CAAAAAGAUCAAAAAUAAAAUAAAAAAGGAAGACAUAAAAUAUACAACUUUUUUGUUUGUGAAAAAAAGGUCUAAAUAUAGACAAAGAAUGUGUAUGUAGUUUUUUUUUUUCUUCAUUACAUCACAAACAAAAUAGGAACAAAUAAAAAUAGAGAUAGAGAAGGCUAGCAAAUAGAGAGAAGAAAGAAAGAAGAAGAGUAAUUUUCUAUUUUUGCAUGUCUAUGCAUGAUCAUGAACAACAUAACAUUUUGUCAAUGACAAAAAAAAACAAAAAAAACAAACAGAUCAACUAUUCAAUUGUUUACACUAAUAUAUGAUCAAAAUAUAUGUUGAAAUUCAUGUUGAGAUCAAGAAGAGAUUGAUUUUAUUAUCAUGAAGGCAUGGGAGGCAACAGUAAGGAUAACACAAGCUGCAACAAGGAGACGUGCCAACACGAUUUUCGGUACACAUGGUGCUGUACAUGGAGAGGAAGAAAAUGAGAUAGAGCAACAAUCAGAAUACGUUGAAGAUGAUCAUGCGAAUGGAGAAAUCUAUGAGGCUGAGAAGUUUCUUCCGAAUGGUGAUUAUUAUAGUGGUUAUUGGCUUGACAAUUUCCCUCAUGGACAAGGGAAGUAUUGGUGGACAGAUGGUUGUAUGUACGUUGGAGAGUGGUUUCGCGGAAAAACUAUGGGGAAAGGGGUGUUUAGUUGGCCCUCGGGGGCGAUGUAUGAAGGGAAUUUCAAGAGUGGAUUCAUGGAUGGAGAUGGAAGCUAUACGGGACCUAAUGGGGAUACGUAUAGGGGUUCUUGGGUGAUGAAUUUGAAGCAUGGACAUGGCGUUAAGGAGUACGCGAAUGGAGAUUGUUAUGAUGGAGAAUGGUGCAGGGGAUUGCAAGAAGGGAAUGGGAGGUAUACAUGGAAAAAUGGGAAUUAUUAUGUUGGUGAAUGGAAACAUGGGACGAUUUUUGGUAAAGGGAAGAUGCGUUGGACUAAUGGAAAUGUUUACGAAGGGAAUUGGGAAGAUGGAUUUCCUAAAGGAAACGGUACGUUUAGAUGGACUGAUGGGAGUUUCUAUGUCGGAAAUUGGAGUAAAGAUGUAAAUGAACAGAACGGUACAUUUUAUCCAUCUGGUUCAUUGUUAGAAGGUGGAAAUCUUGAAUGGGAUCCUCAACAAGUUUUCAAUGUCGAUUUGGUAGAAUGUACUAUCUGUCCACCUGAGAAAGUUCCGAUUUUGCCUUCACAGAAGAAACUCGCGCUGUGGAGGUCAUCUAAGACCGUGGACAGCAGCAUUAGGCCGAGGAGAAUGUCGUUGGAUGGUAGAAUAGAUGCACCUCCUGUUGAUAGGGAGUUCGGUAGAAUUCGCUUAUCAGAUGUUGCUGGAACUGCUGCUAGUACUUCAUAUAAUUUGGACGAUUCGAUGGUUGGCUUGCAGGAUCCUGAUGGAUAUUCAAGAGGAAGUCCUAUAAGAAUUCCUAAAGUUGUUAAGAGACAAGGCCUAACAAUUUCCAAAGGGCAUAAGAAUUAUGAGCUUAUGCUUAAUUUGCAGUUAGGGAUCAGGGUUUCAGUGGGACGGCCUGGUCCUCCUCCAUCGCUAGAACUCAAGCCAUCAGCAUUUGAUCCGAGAGAGAAGUAUUGGACUAGAUUUCCAACGGAAGGAUCCAAGAUCACGCCCCCUCAUCCGUCUUGUGAAUUCAGAUGGAAAGAUUAUUGUCCAAAAGUUUUCAGGGCAUUACGGAUGCUAUUCAAAGUGGAUGCAGCUGAUUAUAUGAUAUCGAUUUGUGGUAAUGAUGCCCUUCGAGAGCUUUCUUCCCCCGGAAAAAGUGGAAGUUUUUUCUACUUGACAAACGAUGAUCGGUACAUGAUCAAGACAAUGAAGAAGGCAGAAACUAAAGUGCUAUUAAGGAUGCUUAGCGCGUAUUACAAUCAUGUUCGCGCUUUUGAGAACACCCUUGUGACUAAGUACUACGGCCUGCAUUGCGUGAAGCUAAGUGGACCUGCACAGAAGAAGGUACGGUUCGUUAUCAUGGGGAACCUGUUUUGCACAAAUUACUCGAUUCAUAGACGAUUUGACUUGAAAGGAUCAACAUUUGGAAGAAUGACAGAUAAGCCGGAAUCAGAGAUAGAAGCAACCACAACCCUUAAAGACCUUGAUCUCAACUUCAUCCUCAGGUUACAAAAGACAUGGUUUCAAGAAUUCCGGAGGCAAGUUGAUAGGGACUGUGAGUUCUUGGAACAAGAAGGAGUGAUGGACUACAGCCUUUUAGUUGGUAUUCAUUUUCGAGAAGCAGAUAGUCCCGAAGAUCAGACACCUUCGGGUUCUAGAACGCCAACUGAUAACGGAGGUUCAGAAAAUGAAACAGUUGCUCGGCUCUCUCGAUGUGAUAUGGAUCAAUUGCUUCUUGAUCAGGAAGGGUGGGCUAGCAUAAAACUAGGAAUAAACAUGCCUGCAAGAGUCGAAAGGACAGAGAGGAAAGCUACUGAAGCCGAAGUUCAGCUAAUCGGAGAACCAACAGGAGAGUUGUAUGAUGUGAUACUGUUUUUCGGGGUCAUAGACAUACUUCAAGACUACGACAUUACAAAGAAGCUAGAACACGCGUACAAGUCUAUGCAAUGUGAUCCAAACUCGAUAUCAGCAGUUGAUCCAAAGGCAUACUCAAGGCGCUUUCGCGAUUACAUAUUCAAAAUUUUUAUAGAAGACAAUUAACAAGAAAUUGCUCAUCAGCUAGCAUAGGACUUAAAGUACUACUAUUUGUUUGUUGUUAUUGGAAAUCAUUUGCAGUUGAAGUUCAGAAGAAGUGAAGAACAUAUAAUAAUACUCUUCCUUCACUGCACUUUCUUAUGUUAAAACCAUUUUUUAUUAUUAUAGGUAUACACAAUAUACAGGAUGAGUUACUAUUGUAUAGAAAAAGUUGUGACAGAAGCAACACAAAUGUGACUUAUAAGUUGCAUUACUUACAUAUGUGAUGGAUUCUAAUGUAGAAUUAUAUUGAAUUUAUUGUUGUUCGACUAAAUUAAUGUCAGAACUCAGAAGUGUAACACUAAAUGAGUCUGAAACUUCUUGUUAACGAUGAAAGGUACUUAUUAGUGGUGUUUGUGCA